AUGUCCAACUUGGACCUUCUGAAAGGAUCGAUUGGGGAAAGUAAUCAAGUUGAUGAUAUCAUUAAAUCAGUUUACACCAAACAUAUCUUAGAGAAAGGUCUCUCAGAUGAAAUUAUAAUUGGAGAAUUUGUAUCCAUGACACUUGGUAAUUAUAGUGAACAGAAGUUUAGGGAACAUCCACUUUCUUCACCAACACAAGCUUAUCUAAUCCCUAAAAACUACCAGCAUGUCCUUGCUUUUCUUUUUGCCAUUAAAGAAAUCAAUAAGAAUCCCGAUCUGUUACCCAACAACACAUUAGGGUCCAAGAUUUAUGACAAUGCGUACAAUUCAUGGAGAACCACUUGGACCACUUUGGAUCUUCUCUUUCUAAGACAAGGGGAUCCACUCAAUUAUUACUGUAUCACUGAAGAGGAAGUCAUGGCCAACAUUGGGGGACUCACCUCUGAAAAUUCUAUUCACAUGGCCAACAUCUUAAGUACUUACAAGAUUCCUCAGGUUAGUUAUGGCUCCUCUGACCCCAUAUUAAGAAAGAAAAUUGGGUUUUCUUCUUUCUACCGAAUGAUUCCCAAUGAAGAUUUUCAAUACAUGGGGAUAGUUCAACUUCUGAAAUAUUUUGGAUGGAAUUGGGUUAGUCUAAUUGUUUCAGACGAUGAAAGUGGUGAAAACUUUCUUCGAACUUUGAGACCCAAGCUUCUACAAAAUAAUAUUUGCAUAGCUGGGAUACAGAUGAUCCCAAUUAUGUCACUAUUUUUAUUAAGAGAGAUACUUGAGAAAAAAAUCCUUCAAAUUCAAUCUGUUAUCUCCCAAAGUAAAAUCAAUGUGUUCCUUGUAUAUGGAAAUGGCCAGUCUCUGGAAGGAUUACAUCUGACUUUAUACUCAAUGGAAAUUGGCCGUAACAAGCCUUUGGAGAAGAUGGUGCCAAAAUCUACCUGUGUUGAGAGCUGCCAUCCUGGACAAAGCAAACUAAUUCAGCAGGGGAAACAAAUCUGUUGUUAUGAUUGCAUUCCGUGUCCUUCAGGGAGGAUUUCAACACAAACUUCAGAUGCAGAUGAAUGUGAGUCUUGCCAAGAAGAACAGUAUCCUAACACAAAUCAACAAGAAUGCAUUCCUAAAGUAAUUACUUACCUGUCCUAUAAAGAUGGCCUGGGAACAACUCUGACAUCUUUGGCACUUUUUCUUUCUCUGACCACACUUAUUGUGAUAGCAAUCUUCAGGUUACACUCGAACACUCCCAUUGUGAAAGCCAACAAUUGGAGCAUCACAUGUAUCCUGCUCACCUUUCUGCUGCUAUGUUUUCUUUGCUCCCUCUUCUUCAUAGGAAGACCUAGCAAGGAAACCUGCCUUUUAAGGCAGGCUGUGUUUGGUAUCACCUUCUCUGUUGCUGUUUCCUGUGUACUGGCCAAAACGAUCACUGUGGUUCUGGCUUUUGUGGCUACAAAACCAGGGAACAAGAUGAGGAAAUGGAUGGGAAAGAGGCUAGCAAUCUUGGUUAUUGUGCCUUGUUCUUUGAUUCAGAUUGCCAUUUGUGCUGUUUGGUUAGUGAACAAGCCCCCUUUUCCAGAAUUAGAGAAGCAUUCCCAAGUGGGUGAGAUCUUAGUGAAAUGCAACGAAGGCUCAGAGAUGAUGUUUUACAUUGUGUUGGGCUACCUGGGUCUUCUGGCCAUUGUCAGCUUCACAGUGGCUUUCUUUGCCAGGAAAUUGCCUGACAGUUUCAAUGAAGCCAAGUUCAUCACUUUCAGCAUGUUGGUGUUUUGCAGUGUUUGGAUUUCCUUCAUCCCCACCUACUUGAGCACCAAGGGCAAAUUGAUGGUAGCCGUGGAGAUUUUCUCCAUCUUAACCUCUGCUUUUGGUUUAUUGAGUUGUAUUUUCCUUCCCGAAUGCUAUAUUAUUAUAAUACAUCCUGAAUUAAAUAAAAAGGAUCAAAUGACUAUUCAAAUUGAAAUUGGUUACCUUUAA